AUGUUUGGAAUUCCCCGUUUAGUAUCGAAGGCUAGAAAGCCAAAAUUCGAUUUAGUACUCAAAUUAAUAGAUCUCAACAAUGUCCCCCUAACCAGCGGAACCGCCUACAUAAAAUGGACACUCCCCAACACCACCGCAGCCGAACACUCCGGACAAACCUCCCGAUCCCCUAUAAAAGAACACAAAGUAUCCUGGGACUACACACGUACAAUACCCAUCCGACUCACCAUCGACAAGAAUAACCAUCUCUCCGAAUGUCUCGUGCACUUCGAAGUAAUCCAAGAUUACAACGUGGGAAAUUCCGCCAAAGGGGAACGAGUUACUCUCGGACAUAUCACGUUGAAUUUGGCAGAAUAUGUAGAUGAGAGUGAAGUUGAGGGGGAAGAUGGAGUUGUUAGGAGAUAUUUAAUGCAAGACAGUAAGAUUAAUAGUACGGCGAAGAUAGGGAUUGCGAUGAGACAGAUAGAGGGGGAGAGGAAUUUUGUAGCGCCUCCGUUGAAGAGUGCGCCUGUUUUUGGGGGGAUAGCGGGGAUUAUGAAGGGGGAAAAUGGGGAUGGUGAUGAUGUUGGGAAUAUGCCACAACUCCAAAAAUCCUCCGACAAAUCCGAUCUCCACGAUAUGUACCGACGAGCACUCGCGGCGUCAUGGACCGCCUCCCCAGCCGAAAUGCUAGCCGAUGAAUGCGUCGAAGAUAUAUUCGCCGGCGGCGACGGUUGGAAACACGAUGCAUCUGAAACUCAAACCUCGGAUUAUACUUAUCAUCGAGAUACACCACGGAUUGUUCAAGAUGAAUUAAGUGCUAGUGGAGGCAGCGGCGAGGAUUUAAGAAGACAUAGGAGAAUUCCUAGUGAUGCGAGUCAGAGAUCUAAUAUUACGGCUACGAGUUCGAGUGGGAAGGGUGGGGGUAUAAAUAUAAAUAUGAAUGUGAAUGGGAGUGGAAAUGGAAACGGAAGCGGAAAUACAGCAAAAAGCCAUCGCUACAAAAAAAGCACCGACACAACCCGCAGCGCUAUAUCCUCUUCCUCCCGCAGCGGAGUCUACUCCAGCGGUGAACGUAGCGUAAGUGGCCAAUCAAAUUUGAGUUCCAAUUCCCAUUCACAUUCUCAUAUGGCAGAGAGAGAGAGAGAAAGAGAAAGAGAAGAAGAAAUAUCAAGAAUGGUGAAUAGUGAGAGAGGAAGAACAGGAGGAAGAAGAGGUUUAGGUCAUAUUCCUGGACAUUCAUUUUCGUUUGCUAGACCAAGGGAAGUGGAUGAAUUUGAUAUGAGGGAGGAUUUGGUGGCUUGGAAGUUGCCGGGGGAGGUUUCUUAG